AACGCUGUGGUUUGCUAGCGGUACUGUACGCUGGCGGGGUGCGCCGCAGCUUUCCAAUGCCAGUCUAACGCAGCCCUGUCAGAAAGCGUGUGUGAAUUUGUGCGGCAAGGUUGCUAUGCAAACGGAAGAUAGUCGACCCGCCGAUGGCAAGCGAGGCUACAGCCGAAUUCAUAGUACAGGACAUUACCCUGUAAACUGAACGAAUUCGCUGUAUCAUAGGCGUGCUCAUGUAAAUUACCAUUUAAAAAAAUUGGAGAUCAACCGAAGUUGAGCGCGCUGAAUUUUCAGCAUAGAUUCGUUAUUGUGGAUUUACCUAAUAGUAGCCGUGCGAAACCUAGAAUCGUCUUUUAGGGAUCUUUGGGAUAUAAGUAAGGGGGCAUCGGGUAUCCGGCAUUUUAUAGGAAUUUGGAGUAAAUAGGAGUACUCUAAAUUGUUUGAGGAACGCCGCGUCAGACUUUCUCGUGGUACUCGUAGCAUUUUCCGUGGACGUAAGUAGAAUAAUCCAUCACCUCAACGAAGAGAAGACCAUCACAGUUUGUGUGAUCAGAAUUAAAAUAUCAACAGCAGCUCCCAUUGAAACCGAAAGAAACAUGUGAAGACCCUGGUAAAGAUACAAGCGCGAACUUAGCCUUUGAGAAGACAAAGUGGAAGGUAGCCUAGCUUCCUUCCCUCACAUUCCUCCUCCUGUUUACUCUGCUGUUGCCUUGCUGCAGCGUCCCUAGAGGGAUGGAGGGCCGGCGGUCGCGGCGGGUAACACGACGCACCGGCAGGACUUUCCCAGCGGGCCCUAGAGGGGGAGCUGUGCUGGCCAUGCUGGGCCUGUGGCUGUUAGCUGUUGCUGCCACCGUGUGCCAAAGCCAGAUCACCUUCACCACCUUCACCAGCUUCCACCCGGAGCGCCGGGAGUGGGCCUUCAACCACCUGACGGUCCACCAGACAACGGGGGCGCUCUACAUCGGAGCGGUCAACCGCGUCUACAAGCUCUCGGGUAACCUGACCCUCAUGGUGUCCCACGACACAGGCCCUGAGGACGAUAACAAGGCCUGCUACCCGCCCCUCAUCGUCCAGCCCUGCUCUGAACCCCUGACCUCCACUAACAACGUCAACAAACUGCUCCUCAUAGACUACAGUCAGAAUCGUCUGCUGGCCUGCGGUAGUCUCUACCAGGGAGUCUGCAAACUGCUGCGUCUGGAUGAUCUCUUCAUCCUAGUGGAGCCGUCCCAUAAGAAAGAGCACUACCUCUCCAGCGUCAACCAGACAGGCACCAUGUACGGGGUCAUCGUGCCCUCCUCCAAGGGCCAGGAUGGGACUCUUUUCAUCGGGACGGCCGUAGACGGUAAACAGGACUACUUCCCCACCAUCUCUAGUCGUAAGCUCCCCCGCGACCCAGAGUCCUCGGCCAUGCUAGACUACGAGCUUCACACAGACUUCGUCUCGUCUCUGAUAAAGAUCCCGUCAGACACGCUGGCGCUGGUGUCCCACUUCGACAUCUACUACGUGUAUGGCUUCGCCAGCGGCUCCUUCGUCUACUUCCUGACCGUCCAGCCCGAGACGCCGGAGAACAGCAUGUCAUCAGGUGGAUCCUCCAACGACCUCUUCUACACCUCGCGCAUCGUCCGCCUCUGCAAGGACGACCACAAGUUCCACUCGUACGUCUCCUUACCCGUGGGCUGCGUGAGGAACGGUGUGGAGUAUCGUCUCCUGCAAGCCGCCUACCUGGCCAAGCCGGGCCGUGUGCUGGCCGCCUCGCUCAACAUCAGCGCCACGGACGACGUGCUCUUCACCAUAUUCUCCAAGGGCCAGAAGCAGUACCACCGGCCGCCAGAUGACUCAGCACUCUGCAUAUUCACCAUCAAGGACAUCAACGCCCGCAUCAAGGAGCGCCUGCAGUCCUGCUAUCAGGGAGAGGGCAACCUGGAGCUCAACUGGCUGCUGGGAAAAGACGUGCAGUGCACUAAAGCGCCGGUGCCCAUCGAUGACUCGUUCUGUGGUCUGGACAUCAACCAGCCCCUUGGCGGCUCUCAGCUGGUGACGGGACACGCCCUCUACACAGAGACACGGGACCGCAUGACCUCUGUCACCUCCUACGUCUACAACGGAUACUGCGUGGCCUUCGCCGGCACCAAGAGCGGACGCCUCAAAAAGAUCCGUGUGGACGGUCCUCCUCACGGUGGGGUCCAGUAUGAGACGGUGUUGGUCAUCAAGGAUGGCAGCUCCAUCCUCAGAGACAUGGCAUUCUCACUGGACCACAACUAUCUGUACGUCAUGUCAGAGAAACAGGUAGGACGCAUUUACACGGUGCAGAAGCUCAGCAGAACACAGACCACGGAGUACAUUGUGACUGCAGGUACAGCUGAUAUCAAACAGCAUUGAUAAUAACACAUCAAAGUGGCGCCCUAAGUGUGUGUGUGAGUGUGUGUGUGUGUGUGUGUGUGUGUGUGUGUGUGUGUGUGUGUGUGUGUGUGUGUGUGUGUGUGUGUGUGUGUGUGUGUGUGUGUGGGUGUGUGUGUGGGUGUGUGUGUGUGUGGGUGUGUGUGUGUGUGGGUGUGUGUGUGGGUGUGUGUGUGUGUGUGUGUGUGUGUGUGUGUGUGUGUGUGUGUGUGUGUGUGUGUGGGUGUGUGUGUGGGUGUGUGUGUGUGUGUGUGUGUGUGUGUGUGUGGGUGUGGGUGUGG